AUGUCGUCGACGUACGUGCCUUUGAUUGUCGUUACGGCGGGCGUCGCAUCCCACUUGUUCUACUUCAAGAUAGGCGAACACUGGUUAUACCCUACUCGAUACAUUCAAGCAUUCCUUCUCGGAUGCGUUGUCACAACCAUUGCACAGAUCCAUUAUUACAAUAGUCCCCUCAGAGACGCUAUCUCAUUCACCGCCCAGUAUGCGUCACUGUAUCUUGCUGGCCUCUAUAGCAGCCUCAUCAUCUACCGCCUCUUCUUCAAUCCGCUGAACAAAAUUCCUGGACCCUACUGGGCUCGCCUCUCUCGCUUCUACCUUAGCUUCCAGGUCGGCGGCGCAAAGAACCUCAAUCAGUACCUGCUCGCGCAGCAUCAAAAGUACGGCAAGUUUGUCCGGCUCGACCCGCACGGCAUUUCUGUGACGCACCCUGACGGCGUGGAAAUCACCAUGGGCCCGAAGACGAAAUGCACCAAGAGCGAGUGGUAUGACACGGAUUUGCCUAGGUCUUCUCUGCACCAAACGAGGAGUAGGGCGGUGCACGACCGGAGACGCAGGAUCUGGAGCCCUGCUUUCAGCGACAAGGCGUUGAGAGGAUAUGAGAACCGAGUACAAAGGUACAAUGCCCUCCUCAUUCAGAAAUUGGAAGAGUCGCAUGGCCAACCAAUGGACAUGUCGAAAUGGUUCAACCUCUAUUCCUUCGACGUAAUGGGCGAUCUCGCCUUUGGAGCCUCCUACGGGUGCCUCGAAUCGGGCGAGAUGCAUUGGGCCAUCAAACUGCUGAACGAUGGCAUGGACAUGGUUGGCGUCCAAUUACCCAGCUGGCUCUUUCGAUUACUGCUCGCCAUUCCUGGCGCGGCUGCAGAUCACUUUCGCUUCUUGAACUACUGUUGCGAGCAGCUCGACAACCGUAUGAAGAUGCAAGGCAAAUUGGCUGAUCCCGAUAUUAGUCACACUUUGAUUGAGCAUUUCAACAAUUCGGAUCCUGAGAGCCAGAAGGCACAACUCCCCAUAUUGCAAGGCGAUUCUCGACUAAUCAUCGUUGCCGGUUCCGACACCACAGCCGCUACACUCGUGCAUUUAUUCUACCACAUCGCCACGCAAGAGGGCCUUCUCGACCGACUCAGGAAAGAACUGGACAGCCUCGUCAAGCCCGGUGAAAAGAUCGAACAUGUUAAGAUCCAAGAUGCACCCAUCCUGAAUGGUAGCAUCAAUGAAGCCUUGAGACUGAAUCCACCAGUUCCCAGCGGCGUAUUCCGAGAGACGCCCGAUGAAGGUGUAGUCAUCGGAGACGUGCAUAUCCCCGGGAAAACGGUGGUUCAGAUGCCGCUAUAUGCUAUGGCGAGAGAUCCAGAAUUGUACCCCGAUCCACUCGCGUUCAUCCCUGAACGCCACGGCUCUCGGUCUGCCGAAUUGAUGCCUUACAAAAACAAGGAAGUCUUUCACCCAUUCAGCACCGGGCCAAUGGGCUGUAUAGGCAAGAACCUGGCAUACAUGGAGGUCCGCCUUGUGACCGCAAAUAUCAUUCGAGACUUCAAUGUGAGGCUUGCGGAGGGAGAGACGGGAGAGAAGCUCUUGAAGGGCACAAGGGAUCAUGUAAGCUCACACCCAUUCCAGCUCGUGCGACCGAGACAGCAUUCAGCCAACGCUGACUUUCCUGCAGUUCACCCUCGGCCUCGGCCCGUUGCAGCUGUGUUUUGA